UUGCUUCCGAUUUAUUUAAACAUUUGCAUGAUUUUGAGUUCGAGUAAUUUAUUGAUUGCUAAUAAUAUUGAUAACUUAAUAUUUGAUUAUUCUGUUUUAAUGGAUUUAUUCUAUUUUUUUUCUUUCUUUUUGCUUUAAAAUAAAACAUUGAAUACUCCUUGAGAAAUAAUCGUUUGGAACAGAUUUAUAAUUCAAGUUCAAUUUUUCUGUAAACAUAGCUACUCUCAUUGCGUUUCUGACGUCACUGCAGACGUGCUUUGACGUCAGCAGCAUAUGGUAUAGUUUCCUAGGCAACAGAAGUCCAUCGUAAUUGGUUCGAUGCUUGCGUACAUAUCUCACCGUGCGCACAUCUACUAAUAAUUGAAAAAAAACGUAUUCGAAACAUACUGGGAAAUAACUUGGGAAUUGAUGACAUUGAUGUCUUCCAAUAUCAAUUACUUAUUUUUUUAUAUUACAAGGUUCGUAUCGAUCAAGUCAUUGGUCUUUAAUAAUUUAUACUGAUAAUUUAUCUGUUCGACUUUGUGCCUAUUUUCUUGAAAAUGGUGGCCGGCAAAGUAGCUUUUGUAACAGGCGCUGGCAGUGGUAUAGGUAGAGAAGUAUGCCGUAUUUUGGCGAGGCAAGGAGCUAGAGUUAUUGCUGCCGAUCGAAACUUAAAAAGUGCCACGAAUACCAUUGCUUCUUUAAAUGAUCUCGAACAUUUGGCAUUAAAUGUUGAGGUGUCAAGUGAACAAAGUAUUCAAGAAGCAUUUAAAAGAGCAAUAAACAAAUAUUCAACUCCACCAACUAUCAUAGUUAAUUCUGCUGGAAUCACGCGUAUAAGUAGUUCGAUUGUUAAUGUGAGCUCUAUUAUCGGGAAAACGGGAAAUAUAGGCCAAGCUAAUUAUGCAGCAUCAAAAGCUGGAGUAAUAGCACUUACGCAAACUGCUUCCUUAGAGUUUGGACAAUUUGGAAUUCGCGUUAAUGCUGUACUACCGGGUUUCAUAGAAACCCCUAUGACGGAAACUGUACCUGAUAAUGUAAAACAGUUAUUUAUAAAAAAGAUACCUCUUCACAGAAUGGGAAAACCAGAAGAGGUAGCAGAAGUAAUUACAUUUUUAGCAUCUUCCAAAAGUUCCUACAUAAACGGUGCAUCUAUUGAAGUUACAGGAGGAUUGCAUUAAAUUUAUACAUACAUAUGUAUAUACCGAAUAGACCAUUUAAAUUAGAUCUAAAUUAACUUCGUUAUUUUUAGAAAUAUGGAUAAAUUUUGUAAAUAAAAGUUAUUUAAUACUAAGGAGAUCAUAAUACAGUAGUAAUGAUUCUUUGUGAAUGAAGAGGUUUCGAAGAUUUCAAAAUCAUCUCCACUUUUUUAAACGUACUUUUCUAUUCUAAUCGAAGCAUCUCUACAUUCUCUGUAAGAAAGUAUUUCUUUACAAGAAAGUACGUAUAUCAAAAAACUGUUAAUUUAGGACAUAUUUUAACUUUAAUUCUAAAAUCUAUGCAUAAAACAACAGUAUGAACGCAAAAAUAUUAUGUUUUUUUUUUAUCUCUCAUACGAUAGACUUUACAAAAUUAAGAUUUAAAUAUCUUCUAAAAGUUUAACACUUUUUUUAUAUCUCCUAAAAGGUUAAUACUUUUUUUAUACAGAAUGUCGAUUAAUGGAUAAAAAAAUAUAUUUCAUUUCAAAAAAUGGUAACGACCUUAAAAUCUUCAAAACUUCUUCACCUACAAAAAGAUUAUUACUGCCUUAUUAUGCCUCCUUAAUACUAAAUAACAAAGUUUAUCCACAACAUUAAAAACAAUAAAAUUAUUUAGAUUCCAUUUAAAUGGUUGUAUACCUGGGUUGUAUAUUUAUACAUAUAUAUAUUAAAUAUUUACAUACAAGCACAUAUGCAUGUAUAUAUUUUUAUAAUUAAAUUUAUAUUCCACUUGAUAAUUAUAAAUUUUACAAAUGUCAUUUAAAAUUUUGGUUUAAAAUGUAUAUUUAUAAAUUACAUUUAUCAUUUUUUCUUUCCUUUAAGUUUCCUUGCAUGUCUGUGAGCUUUAUAAUGUAAUUUUUUCUUCUCAUCAAUGAUCUCUUUAUAUUUACGUUUGUUAUAUUUAGAAAAUUGAGCAUCAGCCAUAAGUUCAUCCACAAUUGUCCUCUUACGUUCUUUCUUAGUAAGACGUCCAGAAUAAUAAUCCAAAUGUGAGUCCAUAACUUUACCAAUUUGAAAGUACUUGGGUAUUGUUUUAAGAUCAUUUUUCUUAUAGAAAUGUUUUGGAUUUAACACUGAUCUCAUUCUUAUAAUUUGAAGGUCAUGUCUGACUUCUGGUGUCAAUUCAGGAGCAGGCAAAUUAUACCAAUCCUUGCCUUUAGUUUUAGCACGUUCUUUGCGAUUCUUAGCUUGUAAUGCCCUUCUGCUUAACUUGUACGGAGGCACAGCUAGCAGCUUUUCAAAACCAGGUACUACAACACUUUUUUCAAGUACCUUUUCUACUGAUGUUAAUUCCAUUGUAAAAUUAGUCACGUCUGGAGCAGGAAUUGCAUUUUGUUUCUUUUUUUUCUGAGAUUUUGUUUUAUUUGACCAACCCAUAUCUUUUUCAAAUUCCUCAAGAUCAAAAUCUUUAGUUAUAUUGCGAAAUAUUCUUUUUGUUGGAACCUCAUCCUGGAUUAAAUCUUCUUCAUCAAAAAAUUUGACUGACUGUGUGCCUGUUAUUUUCAAAGUCCAAGUCAUCAUCACUAUCUGUUAAAUGAUCUUUUGUUAAUAAAUCUGCUUCGCCUUUCGUAUCAAUUAUUAUAUCCAUUAUGAAAAUUAAUUGUACUAGAAACUAAAUUGAAAAUUAAUUGUUUUAGAAACUAACAACGACUUCUUAACGUUAUUACGAACUUUACGCCUACUAAUUCCAUUGUCUUUUUCUAGUGUCGCCCUCUAUGAUUGACUAUUAUAGCGACGUCGAAUGCCAAUGUGUUGCAGCGACACCUACUUCCGCUCAAUCGUUCCGCUGAAAGAUGCGUUUCCA